GGUUACUUUUUUGGGUCUAAAAUUUGAACGAAGGUUAUUUUUUGGGUCAGCCAAUUAUCCAACUGCUUUUUUGGGUUCAUGAAAUGCCGAAUUAUUUUUUUGGGUCAUGAAUGUGAGAAAAAUUUUAAAAAUAGAGAAAGAUAUGGUUUACACACUAAACAUGAUUUAUUUUUCAUUAAUUGCAGAUGAAAAUCAUAAGAGUAUUCAGAAUGAUAUAAGGAACUCCCAAAAACUUACAACUGGCUGAAUCAAAAAAGAGUUCCGUGUGUUUGAUUUCUAUGUGUCCAUAUUUGUAGCUGAAGGAAUACUCUGAAAAUUCGAACCCUUUUCAAGUUAUUUGCUCAAUUCUUUUAAUUGGCAGUGAAACUAAACCAACCAGAAAAAUGGAAUGUAUAUUCGACAAAUUCUUCUUUUAGCUACAUGUAAAACUUUCAAGACGUGAUCGAAUCAUGGCGAUACAUAUAAAACUUCCAAUAAACGUGAUCGAAUCACAUGGUUUUGAUUCCAUACUGAUAGAACACAGGGAACCUUUCUUGACUCAUCCAUUAUUAUAGUUAUAUCAGUCUCAUAAAACGUUGGAAUGCUAUUAAAACUUUUCUACCCUGGGUACCAAACUCUGGUUCCCGGGGUAAAAUUUCAAUGCACAAGGAAAAUAUGUAAUCAACUGGUUCUUUUUCGAGGCUUCUUCUGUGGACAAUAGUGAACAAUUUCAAGCUUUAGAGCAGCAUACACAAACAAAGAAUCAAUACAUCAUUAUCUUUUCCUUCCUUGAGCAUUCCCAUUUUUAUCACAGUGCCAAGGAUGCUAAAAAUAGGACAAACGGGAGGGAGCUUAGUCACAAGGUAAGGUCACAUCUGCACAGCUGGUAUAGUUAAAUACUCCAAAAUUCUUCGUCCAAAGUAUUCUUGGAAAUGCUGUAGGUUUUGCCCUAAGUUGUUUUGCCAUUGAUAAUCCUUCUCUCAUUCAUUUCAUAUUGCAUAGGUGUUCUUAGUGAGAUCUCGUCUGAAGGAUAAUGGAAAGGUGAAAUUCGAAAGUAUCCGUCUUCAUUUGCGUUUUCAAACGACUCCGUUUUCAUAGCAGAGUAGUGUGAACGCAAGGCAAAAACGGAUUAGUUUGACUCCACUUUCAUUUAAAAAAGGAGUAGUGUGAAUGGGCCGUAAUGAUGAGGGAUGAGGGGGUCCGUGGGCCAGUGUGAAUAACGAGCCUCCUUCCUUGUUUGGUACCCUAUUUUUGAUAAAGAGGCAAGUUCCUUCGGAGAAGUAAUAAAGUGGUAAAGUUGUUGUUUGCAUAAUUAUACUGGUUUGUUUGUUAUUUUCAUGCUUUCUCGCUUUUAAGUGUAAACGCCUCUGUGAAAGCCGAUCCAGAUCAUGCAUAGCCUGAAUGGAAUUGGGCUAUUUGAAUCAAAUUUCGACGGAUACAAUGUUUGAUGUUUCCUGAAAAGAGUGGUAAGAUCAAAAGUGUGGGGAGAAAUGGAUAAAAUGCCAGAAGAUCAAAAGGUGAUGAACAAUUCUGAUGAACAAAGGAAAAAUCAGUCUUCCCCUAACAGAGAACAACCAAUUCCUCACCUUUUAUCAAAGUUGCCAUCGGAUGGAAGUGGCAGGGUUCUUAGGUUCAAAUCAGGAACCUCUUCAAAAUUACAACCAAUAAAAAGGACAGAAACUCCCUCUCCAUCAGACGAGUCUGAGGCUGUUUUGUCAAAUAAUGGGAGCAGAAGAGAAGAAUUCAUGCCAGUUAAUGAAAGAAGUAUUUCGACUAGUUUUCAAAGAGAAGAUACUGCGGCAGUAAUAGAAUCAGAAGACCAAGAACAGCCAAGCUCUGAAGAUACCUUGAUGGGGCAUCUAACAGUUGACAAUCAAUUGACUGUUGGUCCAGGUACCCAUCAUUAUGCUGUAUUUGUAGUUGGAGAUUCAUCUGAUGACAGUGCUUCAGCUUCAAACAGAUCUUCAGAUUACAGUGAUUCUAGAGCAACAAAUUCAGCUGCCAACAUUCCGCCUCCACCAUCAUAUGAUUCAGCUUGUAGAAAGAUGACUACUCAUUUAGAGAGAAAUCCUUCCUCCUUAAGUGUAGUGAGCAUUCAACCACCUUCUUACAGAGAUGCAGUUGGUGCAAGAAGAUUUCUAGAAGAUGCACCACCAACCUACCAUGCCUUGUUUUCCAAUUCUGUAUUCAGAAUGAUUGAUUUAAAUGGAGAUCAUAAUGGCAUUGGAGAUGAUCUGCCAAUGAGUUUUACUGCUUGCAUCAUUACCUAUUGCAUUAUCUCAGUGAUAAUAUUUGGGGCUUGCAUGGCACUUUUCCUUCCCUUGGCUAUGAUAAUCAUUGGUGUUGCCCAUCUUCAUAGCUGCCCAGCUCAGCCUCGCAUCCCAGUCUUCCUAACAUCAAUGGGUGUUUUCCAACUGCUUGAAUGUUGUGGUAGAUGCUCCAUGUAUAUAUACACAAAGCUAAAAACUCAAAACCAGCGAGAAGAAGUAAGGUACAAAUCAAAAGAUCCAUUUGUUUACUUCAUUGUUGUAUGGUUUGUUGUUGGAAGCAUGUGGGUGUAUCAGAAUUAUCCCACCUGUCAUGAUUUCAUUCAGAAUCCUAGUCUACAGAGAGACAUUAUAAAAGAUCCAAAAUUUGCCAAGCCAAGCAGGAAUUUGACUAUUUCCAAUACACGAGAUACUUUGGGAAAGUACCCACACAUUUUCAACACAAAGCCUCCUUCUACAAAAGACUCAUCAAAAAGUAUAAAUUCAGAUUCAUCAGCUGGUGACGGAACUCUGGCAACAAACAGACAAACAACAGAAGGAACAACAUUAAGUUUCUCCAAAAUGUUGCCGACAAGACAAUCAGCAUCUACAUUGAUGAAACCAAAAUCAAAGCCAAAAGCUGCAUGCUGUGGCAAAGUAGUGUACUUUUUCACAUUUGGAGUGGUUACAUUGUAUUACUCAAUGAUUGGCUUAUGGUUCAUGCUUAAUCUCUGUUGUACCUUUUUCAAGAUGUUUCACAGGUGUAGGGAUGAUCAGCACUGUCAAUAACCAAAGCUACUUAUGAAAACCACUCCUUGGCCAAUAUUCUCCGCUAAGGGUCAAAGUUUGCUGUGAAUUUGUAAGAGUUACUUAUGGUGAUCAUCUUUGGAUACAUAAAGAAUUCUAUCGCUGUUUUGAAGUUUUGAAAUGAUACAGCUCAAAUUAAAUCCUAUUUUGGACAGUGAUAAGUUACUUCAUUUUCAUGGUCUUCAGGGUCUGUCUCUUCAGGAAAUACUUGCGUGUGAAUAUUUGAAAGAACCCUUAUAUUGUUUAAGAAGCAAACUCCAUUCUUGCCAAGUUGUCAUCCAAAAUUGUUUGCCAUUUGAAAGUUCCAUCUAUAUCCAUAGUUUUUGCAGAGCUACAUUUCAAUAUUCAUACAAAGCAGGUCAUUUUUAUACUAAAGAAUCUCUGGACCUUCAAAAGGCAGAACUUUGUCUUUUGUAGACUUGCUCCAUACCCCCUCUCUAAUCUCUCCGUUUGUACCUUACCCAUGGAGGUAGUUAAAGGGGAAAGAAAGAAAAUAAGAUAGGGAGAUAGAGGGAGGGUGCAAGACUCAAAGGAGACAUGGAGAUUCUUUUAGCAAGUCCAAUCCUUUGUUGUACCUAGCAUUGUCACCAGUUACCAUUUAAAUCCAUUUCCCUUUUAAACUCCCUUUAUACUCCCUUUUAAAUCCAUGAAAUACAUCUUUCCUAAAUUGCUAUAAUUGUGUCAAAUAUAGAAGCACUUGUGACUCAUGCCCUACUUUCAGAAUAAAGGAACAUUCAAACCUUUUUUCCAGAGAUAUGCACAAGUCUCAUCCAGGUGUCUUUACAUAAAAUGUUGGUAUUAAAAAUGCUAUUUAUAUCACUUGUAAAUCAUUCACUUGCAGUGUUUUAACAGUGCUUGAAUCUCAAAACUUCAGGGGGUAUUUAUUUUUACCCAUUUUAUCUUAUCUUAUUAUGAAAAAAGAACAAACCAUUCAUAUUUGUAUUACACAUGCAUUUCACAAAGUCUAUUUCAUUAUAUCAUUCAUCAUAAUCAUUAACCUUUCUACAUUUACAAGGCAAACCAGCAGUGGCAUAAGAUGGGGGUCAGAGGGUGUAAGAAAACCCCCCUGUGAAAUUUUUAUCCAAGUAUUACAUUUGAGAAGAAAGAUUUUAAAGCUGAAUAUAGUGACUUCUUUCCUGUUUCCGAAUCAGAUUGGCAAUCUCUUUCAAUGAGGUAUGUUACUUAAAAAUGCCUAUUUUGAGGGGAAGAACAGAAAAAUGUUCAAUUCGUAUAAUUUAUGACACUUAAAUUCGAAUAAUGAUAAGACUUUAUCUCUUGUUUUAUUUCAGUUCUGAUGUCAUUAUGUUUCGUUCAAAUAUAGGGAAAAAUUAACAUGCUUAUUAGAUUUUUGUCAGAAAAUCUAAAUUUCUCGCCCCUUCAGUGAGUUUUUCUAUCUAUGCCACUGCACACAAGACUAAGAAAGCGUUUGCAAGCGUGAGCAAAUUAUUUGAGAGGUGCAAUUAUAACUGGAGUUUUUAGGUGAAAUUUAUCUGGAUUUCCUAACGAUAAUUGUUGUGAGCAAUGAAACAGGAUUUCUCUUUAAGAGGUUUCAGUCUACAACUGGUCACUUUGUUGCCACAUUGUGUCAGAUUGCCAGUGCCUGGGAAAACUGUUUUUGAAGCUAAGAAUCUUAGAUGUGAUUCAAAUAUACAUUUCGUUUGUAUUGUAAUUUACCUGUUUUCCCAAGGCUUCAGAAUAAUGUUCGCUUCUCUCUGUUCGUAGCCCUUUCCCCUUCAGCCUGAAGCCCUGAAAAGCUCCUCAUGCCAACGAACCUAAUUGUUAAGCUCAACAAUAUUGGGACCUCAAGAUCCUAAAAUCCUCUAAAAAACCACUAUUACUAUACUGUUCAAAUUUCACCAUCAACCAGUCAUUGGCUAAUUUGUAUCAUGUCAUUUGAUAGUCAUUUGAUCUUUAGGUAUGUAAUGUAAUUUAUUUGUAGAAUUGGUAGAAUUGUCGCUGGAGCUGUUAGAGUUACGCACGUGCUGACAUUGUUUAUGAAUAUAUAGAUUCAUAUACAUUUGUAUUUAAAACUUAAUAAGCAUUAUUGUAUUUAUGGCUGUUAAUAAAACUCUUUUACGCUAAUUCAGGUGAAAAAUAAUGAGAUAAAAUUAUUAUUACUUCUUAGAGUAAAGCCAGAUUGGAAUGUUUGUUAUGUGCUCAAAGUGAAAAGUUAAAGAUUUAAGAUACGCACUUAAAAAGCGAUUUUUGAUGCACAUCAAAUUUGUUUACAAGAGCUGUCACCCCGGCAACGCUUGUAAAGUAUCUGUAAAGGCACUUUGCGAGCCUCCAAAUCUGGUGUUUACUUUUGAUGUUUACUUUAUAAUUAACUGAUGUAAAGUCCUUUAAGUUAAAUCCAUCUGUGGUGAUCAUUUGUAAGGCUAAAGUUAGUCUUGCAGUUGCAGUUAAAAUACCUUUUCAUCCCCGAUUAAUGAUUUGCAACAACAUGUCUUGGAUACUCGACUCGAUUCUCUUCUUUCGUAUUUGACCCCAUUUUAACAUGAACCUGCCUAAGCGGCUAGAUGUGACGAUGAUGAAUUUUUAAGUAAUGAAUCGUUGAAAACUUCACCAUAUAUGUAUAAUUCCCUUUAAGUUUCAUUUUCCAUUUUAUACAUAACUCACUUUGAUCAGGUGUUCGCAUAAGCAAUUCUUACAGCUAAAAGUCAUUUUCCAAUCUCUGAAAAAGAUUCCAUCUCCUACUUGGCAGAUGUAUCUCCUUUAAUUAAACUUUAAAUUAAACAAAUUUCUAUUCUGGCAUAUUUGUUAGAAGAUAAUAUGUGCUUCGUCAAAACCAUUCGUCGAAAAUGCCAUUUUUUACUAUAAUAUACAACGUCUACUGACUCUAAUGUAAAUUCAAGACAAACAUAUCUUCUGUUCAAACUAUAAAUGUUAAUUUCGUAAUAUGGUAAGAAUCGCGUUGUUGAUUAAUGUAUGAUAGCAUUGUUAUUUAAUUAUGUUUAAAGUCAUUGCAAAGUUUAUUAAUUUAAAGUAUUAAGGUUAAAGUAAACAUUGUUUUAUAUUAACGGUAUUUCAACGCAGAUAUGGAAAAAGAAUCAUUUUUGAAAA